AUGGCGACCUUUGGCAAGGCGACUUUCAACGCUGCCAAGUACGCCUCAUGCCGUCCGACGUAUCCUCGUCAGUUAUAUGAUUUUGUCUUUCAAUUUCGCGAGAGCACCAAAGGGGCACGUUGGGAUACCGCGCUGGACAUAGGAUGUGGUACAGGGCAGGCGACCGUCGAGCUCACUCCAUUCAAGCGAAUCAUUGGUGUAGAUCCAAGCGCGAAGAUGAUUGAGCAGGCACGAGAGAGUGUGAAGACCAGUCAUGCCGGACUUGACCUGUCUUCCCAAAUCGAGUUCAUACAGUCGAAUGCGGAGGACUUGAAAUCAAUUCAGGAGGGCUCUAUCGAUCUCAUAGUCUCAGCGCAAGCGUGCCAUUGGUUCGACUGGGACAAGUUCUGGCCUGAGGCUGCGCGUGUGCUCAGAAAGGACGGCAUGUUCGCCGCUUGGGGUUACUCCGAGUUUCGGCUUGCGCGAUACCCUUCUGCGACGUCACUCAUCAGCGCGUACUCUCAGGGAAGUGACCCCGAAAAGUCGCUCGGACCACACUGGGAGAGGCCGGGCCGAACGAUCGUGGACAACCACCUGCUCGACGUGCCGGAUCCUCUGGAGGCCGUCCCCGGCAAAUUCAGCUCAUUCGAGCGCGUAUUUUUCACCGGAGACCACUAUCUUCACCUUCCCAACCGCCGCCCGGUCAUCCUACGAAUGGACACAACAUGGGCCGGUCUCAUGGGGUAUCUCAGAACCUUCAGCGCUUUACAUACCUUCCACGGGAAGUAUCCCGAAGACUUGGAGCGCGAAGAUGGAGACAUCGCCACGCGCUUCUGGAGGCGUCUCAAGCAGGAAGUUGCAAGCGUCGACGGCACCGGUGUCCCCAACGACGAGGACCCCAUCACAAUCGAGUGGCCGCUCGCUCUCAUCUUGGCACGGAGGGCUUAG